GCCGGAAAACCUAGCGGACAGGGACUGAAAACAAGAGCGGGCGUCCACAGACGGGAAAAGGGAAGCGAGGAGCGUAGAAGAGUUUUGGGUCUGGGCGGCCGCCGUAGUAGCGGCGCUCUGAUCCCCUUGACAACGGCGAGAAGCAGCGGGAGGCUUCUGGGCGGUGCAGCAGCUGCGGCCGAUUGGAGCAAACAAGGCGCGGAAUCCGUAAACUGCCCGCGGCCCCGAGGGCGCAGGUGAUGGGGAUAGGUCGAUGGAGGGAGCCCGUUUGGGGACAACGCUCCUGGACUGACCGGCGCUGUCCUGCCCAAUGGACGCCUCCUCUAGCCCGUGGAAUCCAACCCCGGCUCCCGUCAGCAGCCCCUCCCUGCUGCUCCCCAUCCCUGCCAUUGUCGUCCUCGCUGUGGGCAUCUAUUUGUUGCUGCUGGGCCUAGUGCUGCUGACGAGGCACUGCCUGCUGGCCCAGGGCUGCUGCACAGACUGCAGCUCCCCCUGCAGGAAGCAAGGCGCCUCCAGGCCCCAAGACUGUUGCUGGACCUGUGCAGAAGCCUGUGACUUCCCUCUGCCCAGCCCAGCCCACUACCUGGAUGCCUGCUGCCCCCAGCCCACUACCUGGAUGCCUGCUGCCCCCAGCCCGCCGAAUCUGAUUGGGCCCCUCACUGCCCUCGCUGCUGCCCGCUCUGUGACUGUGCCUGUGCGUGCCAGCUUCCUGACUGCCAGAGCCUCAACUGUCUCUGCUUUGAGAUCAAGCUCCGAUGACAAGACCCAGGGUCCCUGCCCUUUGGGGAGCGGCCAGCUCCCAGGGCCCACAUGCCCUGUUCCCUGAGGGGCCUCAGGACACCUUUCUCCAGGCUAUUGGAACCACAAAUGGCCUACCCAGCUCACCAGCCUGGGAACCAGCAGUGGAGAGCCUGGCUCCCUGCAGAGUGGGACUCAAGGAGCCCUCCGCCAGCUGGAUGGCAGCCCCUUUGGAGGGCCAGAAGAGAGAGUGGCUGGUGCUCUGGCAGGUGCCCCUGCCCGCCUCUCCCCCUCCCCAAGUAAAUGAUCGUAUUUGAAGAUCCCUGUCCAAAGAUUUCUCUUGACAACCUUUUGAGGGCCUCAGUCUGGAUUUCCAAGGAAGAAAUUUCCUCUGAAGUACUGGUGAGUGGGCAGGGGACCCUCCCCCCACCCCCAAAGAGGCAGGCCCACAG